AUGAGCUUUUUAAAUCAAUUCCAAGCGUUAGCAUCUCAGAGCAAGUGUCUAAAUGUGGCUCUAUGGUCUGUUUUUUGUCUUGGUGUGUUGAAAGCCACUACCUUAAUUUUGAGCUUUUCAAGCAUGAUUUUUGACUUGUUUUUGCUACCUGCCGUAAGCUUUUCCCAGUAUGGUGCGAAGAAGGGCAAGUACUGUGUCGUUACCGGUGCAAGUGAUGGUAUUGGUAAAGAGUACGCACGUCAGUUGGCGAAACGUGGAUUCAACCUAGUGUUGAUUUCUCGGACGCUGUCAAAGUUGGAGGCAUUGAAGAGUGAUUUCGAAUCCAAGUAUGGUGUACAAGUUCGUAUUGUGUCCCUGGAUAUCUCAAAAGAUACCCCAGAGAACUAUGAGGCAAUCAGUGAGACUUGCAAAGGCUUGCCAAUUACAAUCCUGGUAAACAACGUCGGCCAAAGCCAUAGCGUUCCUGUACCAUUUUUGGAGACCGAAGAGAAGGAACUCCGCGAUAUCAUCACGAUCAACACCACAGCUACUUUGAUGAUUACUCAGAUCGUAGCACCAACCAUUGUACAAACUGCUAAAGAGAGUAAAUGCAAAGGUUUGAUCUUGACUAUGGGGUCGUUUGGUGGGCUUCUCCCCACUCCUUUGCUUGCUACAUAUUCUGGUUCAAAGGCAUUUUUGCAAAGUUGGUCUGCAGCUCUUGCAGGUGAAUUGAAGGAAAAGAACGUAGAUGUCGAAAUUGUGCUCUCUUAUUUGGUAACAAGUGCAAUGUCAAAGGUGAGAAGGACUUCGAUCAUGAUCCCCAACCCAACGCAAUUCGUAUACGCUACUUUGAAAAACAUCGGAAGACGCUGCGGUGCACAAGAAAGGUACGCUACUAUUACACCUUACUGGUCACACGCUAUGUACCAUUUUUUCAUCGAAAAUACGGUUGGCGUGUCAAGUAAAGUUGCCAAUGCGAUCAAUUACAGCUUCCACAAGAGUAUAAGGGUGAGAGCUUUGAAGAAAGCCGCAAGGCAAGCCAAGCAGCAGUAA